AAAACCCAGAGACAACGAUUUCCGAUAUGACCGUGAAAAUCAAAAGGCAGUCAAGUGAUCUUCGCCUUUGCCCCUCAGCUUCUAUCUCUUUACUUUAUCAUUCCGGAAAUGUCGGCCAACAGCUUGGUAUUUUCUCUUGAAAUGACAGCCGUUUCAAAAAGUUACUUGAAAGACGUAUUGCGUGCUUUAUUACAUUCUAUAUUCUUUCAUCGACUACUCAUCAACGUAACGCCUCGUGAGGGACACUUUCUGGAUACCACUGUGUCAAUGACAGGAAACAAGGAGGUAGAAGAUUUGAUUGAGGAAAAAGUGGUAGAAUUUUAUAUGGGUAUGUCAACGGGACAAGCCAAACGGCAAGGAAAGAUAGCAGUACUCUUUUAUGAAAAGCGGUUAAAAAACAACUGGUGGCAGUUUUCAAAAUCGGAAGAGCUCAUAUGUUGGGAGCAAUGGGCGAUUACAAUUACGGUCUUGGAGCCGCAGUCUGAGCAAGAAAAACAGAAAAUACGGAAAUCAACGGAACGUCAGCUGAACCAAAAUUUGAUGAAAAUACUAAAUAUCAUCAAUGACCAUAAGGAACAUAUACCCUCUAUCACCACCACCGAAGGCAAUCCAUUUCCAUAUCAGAUUGCAAUUCUUGGUUCAUCAGAAUCUUGGGCGGCUAUGAUCAAGAGACUGAUAGUUACUGAUGCACCCGUAGAUAGUAAUGGUGGCGUGACCUCAGGAGGUGGAGGUGGUAAUUCUGAAGGCAACACAACUACUGGCAAUCGAAUCAAUAAUUGAAAAGUAGGAUCAAGUAUCUACUAGUCUACCCCCCCCCUUUCACAAACCUUUUUUUGCAAGAUCUUUUUCGUUUACAUAAUCAGAUACCAUUCCUCUUUUCUAUAACUGGGCUUAUGUUCGUUGAUGCUUUGUAAUAGCUGGUCUCGCAGGUCCGUUUAAGAAGCUUUUAGCUUUUCCUAUUCCUAAAUUCAAAAUAGGUUUUCGUCAUGUCUAUGGCUAUGGUUUAACGCAUAAGCGGCUAGUAACUAUACGCAGAGACAUUGAUUAACCUGGCUUUCGUUAAGCUACAUCUGUAGAGCCUCCGCGCUUUUAAUGGCGAUAAUUUUCAUUUUAGUCUUAACGGGUUAAAAUAAAAUGACCGCUUCCGAACGCC